GUUUCAGCGUCAACCAUGAGGCGACACUUAUCAAAAUUCUUUCACUACCCAAUUGGGUUUAACCUAUCAAAUUCCUUACCGUUGAAAUGUGAUGUGAGUUCGUUCUGUGCUGCCAAUAGUAUUCGUCAAGGUUUGUUCAGUGGACACUUGAAUGAAUGUGCCACAAGAGCUUUGGCCACUACAUCUUGUGCUUCGGUGUCUGAAGAUCUGCCAAAGGAUAAUUCCGUCUCUGAUAUGUUGGUAGAUUCAUUUGGAAGGCUUCACACAUACUUGAGAAUAUCUGUAACAGAGAGGUGCAAUUUAAGGUGUCAGUAUUGUAUGCCAGCAGAAGGUGUGGAACUCACUCCUAGCCCUCAAAUUUUGACAAAAACUGAGAUUCUACGAUUGGCAAAUCUGUUUGUAAGCUCCGGGGUAACUAAAAUACGUUUGACGGGUGGGGAACCAACUGUUAGAAAGGAUAUUGAAGACAUAUGUUUGGAAUUAUCAAACUUGAAGGGACUGAGAACAUUGUCCAUGACUACCAAUGGUAUUGCUUUAACGAGAAAACUUCCAAGGCUGAAAGAUUGUGGGCUUACUUCCCUCAACAUUAGUGUAGACACUUUGGUACCUGCAAAGUUUGAGUUUAUGACCAGACGCAGAGGGCAUGAAAAAGUUAUGAAUUCAAUUAAUGCUGCCAUAGACCUUGGAUUUAAUCCAGUUAAGGUCAAUUGUGUUGUAAUGCGAGGAUUCAAUGAUGAUGAGAUCUGUGAUUUUGUUGAGCUGACCCGGGACAAGCCAAUUGAUGUUCGCUUUAUAGAGUUCAUGCCUUUUGAUGGGAAUGUUUGGAAUGUCAAGAAACUUGUACCCUACUCAGAAAUGUUGGAUACAGUGAUGAAACAGUUUCCAAGCUUAAAAAGAGAUCAGGAUCACCCUACAGAUACGGCCAAAAAUUUCACAAUAGAUGGGCAUGAAGGUAGAGUUUCGUUUAUCACAUCAAUGACUGAGCAUUUCUGUGCUGGUUGCAAUAGAUUGCGGCUACUUGCUGAUGGAAACUUCAAAGUCUGUUUAUUUGGUCCUUCGGAGGUUAGUUUAAGAGAUCCUUUGAGAUGUGGUGCAGAGGAUCAUGAACUUAGGGAGAUAAUAGGAGCAGCGGUGAAGAAGAAGAAAGCUUCACAUGCUGGCAUGUUUGAUAUAGCAAAGACUGCAAAUAGGCCCAUGAUACAUAUUGGUGGAUAAGGUAUCACAGUGAUAAAGUUACUUACAUAGCAGGCAACCAGAGUAGUCCUAGUGAGAAGUACCGUGAAUUGAGUAUUAUCUGAGAUCUUCAUCGAUACAAUCUCACUACAUGAAGGGUGAUAGAUUUUUCAACUAUACCUAGCCACAUAUACUGUUAAAUGUUGUGCCUUUGGAUAGAACCCAUUGUUGUUGUAUUGAGUAAUAAUGCAAAAUUGGGCUUAAAUUUUCU